CGGCAGAUUUGUUUUCAGUCAUUGAUUUUCAGUAUGUUUUCAGUCAUUGAUUUUCAGUAUGUUUUCGGUGAUAAGUUUGGAUUUGUGUAAAACGCCGGUGCUAGAUUUUAAAUAUUGGAUUAAAGAUUAAAUUAUAUGGAAAUGAGUUCAAAAGUAGCUGUCGUAACCGGUAGCAAUAAAGGGAUAGGAUUCGCUAUAGUCCGCGGACUUUGCAACAGAUACGAAGGCGUUGUUUACCUGACAUCGCGCGACGUCGAGAAGGGGGAAAAAGCAGUUGCAGACCUGAAAAAAGAGGGUUUGAGCCCAAAGUACCACCAGUUGGACAUCACUGAUAUCAAAAGUGUCGAAAUAUUCAGUAGUUACAUAAAAGCAUCUUAUGGAGGCAUUGAUAUUUUGGUGAAUAACGCAGCCAUUAUGUUUAUAGAAAACGCUAUGGAAUCGGUCGCAGUUCAGGCCGAGAAAACCUUGUUUGUCAACUACUUUUCUACACUUUCAACGUGCGAACAACUCUUCCCUUUACUGCGUGACGGUGCUAGAGUAGUGAACGUAUCCAGUUCUAGCGCCCUACUCAAAUAUAUACCCAGUGAAAAUCUGCGGCAGCGUUUCCUAGAUCCUUCUCUGACAAUACCAGAGCUGUCGAACUUGAUGCGUGAAUACGUAGAUGCAGCCAAAAUGGGCACUCAUGUUGGUGAGUGGGGAAUAUCGCCUUAUGUUGUUUCAAAAAUUGGGAUAAAUGCAUUGACUAAAAUACAGCAGAGACUACUUAAUGAUCAAGAUAUAAAAGUAAACUCAGUGCAUCCUGGUUUUGUGGACACAGACAUGACCACUCAAAAAGGUCACCAAACGAUCAACGAGUGUGCCCAAGCACCACUAUACCUUGCGCUGGAUGCUCCAGACUCAGUUAAAGGCAAGUUUGUAUGGAGCAAUAUGUGGAUUGUGGCUUGGGAAGCCUAAAUGCCUUCUAUCUUCCUUGAUAAACAAGCAAUUUAAACCAAAAACGAUAAUAUAACAAAGUUAAUAAGAGCUUUGUUGCAUAGCAGUAAAUCUUGCUCAUAAUAAUAUGAAAAACAGUGAUUUUGCUAUAGUAGGUACAAACUGCUUUUUUAUUCUCUUCUGUGUGAAAAUGUUAAAUUAAAUGCUAAACCAUGUUAUAGCGGCACAAAAAAUAUUGUUUGCAAUCUGGUUGGUGGUUAAGUGUUUUUAUUCUGUAAAAGAAUUCCUGCACACAAAACAUUAAUUCAGUUUUUUUUUUCUUAUUUUUGAUUAUGGCAUACAGCUAAUACAAGUUAUAAUUCCAUCAUAUUGUACAUAUUAUGACAUUUUUAUAAUUACAAUCUUUUAUUAUUUUUAAUAUAUUUGCAAUUGAGUGGUGAUGUAUACUAAAUUAAUAUGUAGUGUAUGUACUGUAGUAGACUGCAACUAAACAUGUAUAACAUUAUGUUGUUUUUUAAGGAUUUUUUUUUGGAUUGUACAAAUAUAGGUUAUAUAAGAUAUAUAUAUUUUAAUAGUGUUAAAAUAUGAUGAGCUUUUUAAGCGUUCAAUUGUGUAUGAAAAAAAUAACAAAUAUCAAAAUGAUAUAUUUUCACAAUCAACCUGAAAAGUAAGAGCCAUGUAACCAUACAGGAUACAUCUAGUUACAUAAAGAUAAUGCUAUUUGUUUGCUUUUAACUUAUUUUAUAAGAAUUUUUAUUUAAUGUUUUAAACAUAUUUUGAAUAUAUGAUAAAACUGUUUGGAAAUGUUUGUCCUAAAAUACUUGGCUGAUAUAAAGAGUGUUUGUUUGCUUGUCCAUCAAUAGUGCCCUAAACAACCAAUCAACUUUAUUUUUUUGGCAUAGGGAUAGUUAAAAUGUGCAGAGUAACAUAGGCUACUUUUUAUUUGAGGAAAAUGACAGCUAGUGCUAAAUACUCGUAUGUGCCAAAGUUUUGUCAAGAUUGGUGCAGAAGUCUUUCCGAAGUAACAAAAAAACUCAGGUUCAGUCUUAUUUAUAG